AUGGGCGUGCUCCGGGCGGGGCUGUGCCCGGGCCUCACCCAGGACAUGGUCCAGAUCUUGCGGAGCCGCGGGAUCAAGACAGUGGUGGACCUGGUUUCUGCAGACCUGGAGGAGGUCGCCCAGAAAUGUGGCCUGUCUUACAAGGCCCUGGUCGCCCUGAGACGGGUGCUGUUGGCUCAGUUCUCAGCUUUCCCCUUCAAUGGCGCUGAUCUCUACGAGGAACUGAAGACCUCCACGGCCAUCCUGUCUACCGGCGUUGGAAGCCUGGACAAACUGCUAGAUGCUGGUCUCUACACUGGAGAAGUGACUGAAAUUGCAGGCGCCCCGGGGAGCGGCAAAACCCAGGUAUGUCUUUGUGUGGCAGCAAACGUGGCCCAUGGCCUGCAGCAGAACGUCCUCUACGUUGAUUCCAAUGGAGGGCUCACAGCCUCCCGCAUCCUCCAGUUGCUUCAGGCCAGGACCCCGGACGAGGAGGAGCAGGCAGGAGCUCUCCAGAGGAUCCAGGUGGUGCGUGCGUUUGACAUCUUCCAGAUGCUGGACGUGCUGCAGGACCUGCGAGGCGCUGUGUCCCAGCAGGUCCGCAGUUCUUCCGGGACUCUGAAGGUGGUGGUUGUGGACUCCGUCGCUGCGGUGGUCGCCCCACUUCUGGGAGGUCAGCAGAGGGAAGGCUUGGCCUUGAUGAUGCAGCUGGCCCGAGAGCUGAAAACCCUGGCCCGGGACCUCAGUGUGGCAGUGCUGGUGACCAAUCACACGACCCGAGACAGGGACAGCGGGCAGCUCAAACCUGCCCUGGGACGCUCCUGGAGCUUCGUGCCCAGCACCCGGCUUCUCCUGGACAGUGCCCAAGGCUCAGGAGCUCUGGGCAGCCGACGCGUGGCGUGUCUGACCAAAUCCCCCCGUCUGCCAACAGGUUGCCAGGAGACGGUGGACUUAGGGAGCUGGGGGACCCCAGCGUUCCAGGGAGAUCACAAAGGACACUGGGAGCAGAGCCCAGUGUUCCCGGGAGAUCACACAUGA